AUGAUGUCCACCAUCAUGAACCCCAACCGGGUUCACUUUAUCCACAGAACCCCAGGUCUCCGGACCCGGGCCCUGAAGAUCAGACCCAUCCCUCAGACUGAAAAGGCCGUGAAGGAGCUGGAGGGCAUGACACUCACCGACAGGGAGCUCCAGGAGAUGGGCUACCAGCUAUCUGACUUCGGCCACCACGAGCUGAUGAAGAUGCGCCGCUGUACGGACUGCUGUGUUCGUAUCAAGAGCAAGGCCGCCAGAAGCAAGGCGAAGCUCACCCCCUAUGAACAGAAGCUUGAAGAUGCCAGCAGAGAGGCCAGGAACGUCAUCACCCACGCAAAGCUCAAGGAGAUCAUGCCGCACAUCACCUACCACGCCUGCGCCCCGCAGCGCUUGGAGGGCUGCGGUGCCGAGGCCGAGGCUACUUACCUCGAACACAACCCUGAGGUGGCCGCGAUGUACGGGAUCGACGAGGAACGUGUUGCCGCUUCCUACGCCUACGAGGCCGCCAAUGACGGUCGUCCCAUGCCCUGGCCGAAGAUCGAAGAAAAGGAAAGACCUACUUGGAAACAGGACAAGGAUGGUUCCUGGAAUCCCCAUUAUGCCAAGUCGCCUGUUUACGAUGAGGAUGGUUGGGAAGUGCUGGAACCCAAUCCGCCGAAUGUGAAGGAUCCCAAUGCCACACAUUUCAUGGUGCAUCAAAUCGUGAUCGACCACAGUGAGGACUUCACGCAGUCCGCUCACAUCGAAAUGCCCAUCGAGAUGUGCCACUGGGAGCUUUUCAAGGGCGGAAUUUCGAACUCAGGAAAGAAGGCUAUAUUCCCCUGCUGCGGUGCACCAGUCGGAGAUCCUGGUUGCAGACAAAAAAACACCCACCAGAGUAGCUGGGAUGUCGAGGGCCUUCGCCGGGACUUCAAGCUGUUCGAGACGCAGCCCGGUCAGGCAAUUGAUGAGCGACACGCCAUUGCCAUCGACUGCGAGAUGGGGAUGUCCAUGAGUGGUGAAAGCGAGCUGAUCCAAGUCGCCGCUAUCGACUUUUUCACGGGCGAGGUCCUUCUCGACUCCUUCGUUUGGCCGGAUGUACCCAUGCGCAACCUGGCGACCCGCCAUUCGGGGGUCAGGUGGGCUAACUUCCGCCGGGCCUACGAUAACGGCACCUGCCUCCACGGCCGCGACGAAGCAAGAAAUCGAUUGAUGAAGUUCGUGGGUCCGAAGACCGUCGUCCUUGCGCACGAUGGCAAAAACGACAUGCUCGCGCUUCGAUGGAUCCACAAGUGGGUAGUUGACACCAUGGAAACCGAGGGCCGAACCGGACAAACUCUUCGUGUUCAGGAGAAGAGAAGCCUUAUCAACCUUGCUAAGGUCCACCUGAAGAGAGACAUCCAGCAGAAGCGUGGUCACGACUGCCUUCAGGAUUGCCUGACCUGCCGCGAUCUGGGGGUUUUCUACCUGAGCAUCCUUCCUGACAACAUGAAAGUCCGACAUGAGUCAGCUUCCCCCGAGAGAGAUACGUUUUGGGAUAACGUUGAAGGAGAUCAGGAGGCCAACCAUUUCUGGGGAGCCCCGCUGGGAGCAUCACCGACCCAAGUAUCCUGCGGAGCGCCACAAACCGACUCGUCCUGGGGAGCAUUACAGACUGGUUCACCGCCGAGUGACGUUUCGGUAGUGGCCUGGUAG